UUACAGGGUGCGCAGAAAGCAAUGUAGUUUAUUUUAACACAUCAUAACAGUGAGACCUGUGCGCCAGUCGAUAGUUGAAGUUUGUUUUGGACAUUUUCGACCUAAAAAAUUAAGAUUUCAACAUGAACUACUAAAAGUUGUUCCUCGGCACGGGAAGAUGGAUCAAGCAGAGGAGUUGGAGCAGAUCAGUACGUGGGUACGUGAGGAGGGACUCGCUCCCGAUGCUUCUCAGGAGGCCCAGCUGCGUUUGUUGUGGCGUUCCUUGCAGCAUACAAGACUCCGCCUGAGCAGCGUGACCAAGGAUCUGGAGACACACCGCUCAGAACACCUAGCAGAAAUGACCGAAGUUCGCAAGUCUUUGGAGCAGAUCCGAAUCUUUACAGAAUACAAAGACAUCUUGGCUCAAGAGAUACAAAACGAAAACGAUCAGCUCAGGGAGCAACUGCGGCGUCAUAUAUCGCUUCAAGAUGCUCAGACAAGUGAAAUGGCUAAAAUGUUAUAUCAUCAGGGUCUUACCGAGUUGAUUCACAGCAGCCCGAGUGAGCAGGUGGCUUACCUCCUGGUGGAGAGGGCUUCCCUCCUGGAGACCACUCCUGAUCCUGACAAGCUCACGGCUGAUGGAAACUCAGCUGGCCUUUUAGGAACACAAGCACAAAACACCAGAGUAUGCCAGUCUAACCACAAGAGGGCGCCACGUCAUUGGCAGAGUUCAUGGAAGAGACUGUUGGGACUCCAGAGGGCUUCACAGAGCAAACAUACUUUAGUUCCUACAGAGACGAGAUCUUUAGAUGGCCAAGCAAGUAGUUUGAAGAAGGAGUGCUCACGCCUGGAGCGGGACUUGGAGGAGGGUUCACGCAGACUGGCCAUGGCCCACAAUGAGAUCCGGCAUUUGACUGACGAGCUGGAGUCUGCUCAUUUCACUCAAAGAGCAUAUGAGCCAGAACUGCAGUCAGCUCAGCAGGAGGUGGAGCAGCUCAGACAGGAGGUGCAAAAGUUGAAGGAAUACGAAAUGGUGGAACUGCGAAAGGCCAAAGUGCUGAAUGAUCGUCUGGACCUGGAGAUCAGAAGCUUGAGGAGCAGGGUGCGCUCUCUGAAUGCUGAGAAAAGCUCCUUGCAACAGGCGGUUAAAUCGCUGCAGGAGGACGUGGAGCGACUGGAGUCAACCCUUCAGGAGCAGCAGCAGCUCAGCGCUUUGCAGGUUCAGGCCGAGCAAGCUGAUGAGCUAAACGUACAUGUACAGCCUGGUGACAACAUUCGCUCCCAAACAGAAAAUUCUGAAAUGACAAAGGAUAAAGAGCUUGAGACACAGGCGUGCAGAGAAAACAUACUACUUGAGGAGUGUCGUGACUGUCAACAAGCAAUAAGGACUCUGCUGUCAACCCAAAAUCAGUGUGAGACACUCAAGACUGAGAUCUGCGAAACGCUCAAAUGCGUCGACACGCUGCGAAGUAAAUACCACAACAUGAAGGAAAAGCACAAGGAGAAACUGGGUCGGGCCAAGCAGAAAUUUGACGAUGAAACCAUGCGGCGUGAUGAGAGGAUAAAAAGUCUGGAGCGAGAGCUGUCCUUGUGUUCCCACUCUUUAGCAAAGGAGAAAGAAUUUGUUGUGUGCGUGACUGUGGAAAAUGAGAACCUGCUUAAUGAGAGGAGGAAACUGUUACAACAGCUUAAUGAAGACGAGCACAUGGGCAGAGACAGUAAUCUAACAUUGUCUUUGUCCAAAUGCAGAGGAGAAACUGUUGUACACGUUCAGCCAAAUACUACAAGGGGGAUGUCGACUGAGUUGUCUGCUACUCAGGGCACACAGGACUGUCACACCAGAGAGACAAAUGCAAAUACAUCUCGUCAUUGUGGUACCCCUGUUGCUUUAUGCUGAACAGCAAACCUGAAUGUGGCUCACUAGCAGAGUUUUUGAGACGGCUCAACCGUGAUCUGUGCUCAUCCAACACUGAACGUAUGCCUUCCUGAGUUUACCUCUCUGUCAUAUAAACUUAGGAAGAAACCAAGUUUAAGUAACAAGUUUAAAUGUAUAUGAAAUAAAUAUCACU